CGAGCGCCUCUAGUGUCAUGGCCACGGCUGGGCUCUGGCGCAUGCGGAGUGGGUCGGGCCUCGGGCGCGGCGUGUUGCGGGUGAGCUCCGCGCGGGAGCAUGCCGCCCUGGAGGUGACGGCGCGGCACUGCCGCAGCGAGCUGGAGCAGUACGGGCGCUGCGUGGCCGCCAGCCCCGCCACCUGGCAGCAGGACUGUCAGCAGCUGAGACUGCGCACGGCCCGCUGCGCCUCCUCCCACCCGAUUGUGCAGAAGAUCCGCCACGACUGCGCUGAGCCCUUCACUGCAUUUGAACAGUGCUUGAAACAGAACCAGGCCUCCGUGAUGAACUGCAAGGAACACGUCAACCAGUUCCUGCUGUGUGCUGAGCAGGUGAAGCUAAUGACGUAAGGGGACACAGAGCCUUCACCUUCAGGAAUGAAACAGGCUUUCCCAGCUGUGGAGCCUCAUUCUAAUGGUUCCUGGCAGAAAACACAGAACGAUACGAGUCCCCGCACUCUGGCUUCCAUCAGUUUCUGGUCACAUAUGCACCUGUACAGUUGGAUUCCCAGCAGGACAUCAGAAUGUCGGCAUUUGUCAGUAUGUUGUGCCGCCUCUGCUGGUCGCACAGCCCUGAACAGCACCAUUAAUUAAUAAGCUACAGAAACUGUAUUAAAAUGACAAUAAAGGCUCGACUCUGCACUGAAAUUAAGACCGAAGGCUGAAAUUAGUCCUUAACUUGUCCUGUUUACUGUAACAUGUAUUCUUUCCUACUCCCUGCAAUAUUUAGGCACAGUAUUUCUGCGCCCUAAUAAAAUAAUUCUUAAAGACUAAA